GACAUUUAGUAUAACAGUGUUUCCUGUUAUAAUUUUGGACGCGGAAAACGUGAACACGGUGUGCGGUUGUUUACUACGAUUUAAGAACGAAAAAUCCAUCAAGUAAUAAAUUAACCUAAAAUUUGAAUCGCAAUGGUUCUGUUAGUUAAUCAUUCAGUUCCCACUGAAGGAAUUCGGCACAGAGAGCCAAAUGUUACGACUAAUAUAGAGGGAAACGAUAUUGGCUCAGGAACAUUGUAUAUAACUGAAAGGUUAGUUAUUGGCAAUAUUGGGCUGAUGUGAAGAGCUGAAGAGAUAGCACCCUUGCCCUUACGUCAUUUGCGUGUUUUGUCCCUGGUUCCGAUAGGGUCAAAACCCUGGUUCCGAUAGGGUCAAAACCCAGGUUAAGGGUAAGUUUAGGGUUCAGGUUAGAUUUAGAAUUUAGGACAUACGUUCGCAGGUCGCGGCAACCAAGAAUGCAGCCACGGUGCUAUCUCUCCAAAUUUACUAGGACUAGAGCCAGAGCAUUUACUUAACAUACCCCCCACCCCGAUGUCAACCAUUUUUUCCCGUUCCAUCCCACUUCCCGUGUCCACAUUUAGUAUACAUUCUCACGGCUUUCACUUUCAUUGUAACUGUAACUGUAACUACAUUCUGAUUCUCCUCCUACUUGGCGUUCUGUAACUUGAUGAAAGUCAUUUUUCGGACCCCUUAAACCUGUACUGAUUCUCUCAGUGAUAGUAGUUUAAAAAUAAAAUAAUUAUAAUUGUUGUUUAAAAAGUUAAUGUUAAAAAUAUCUGUAAUUUAGGGUUAUUUAGUGCAAUUCUUUACUACAAUAUUCUGCUUUUUAUGUGAUGUCACAUGGCUUGAGGCCCCUUAUCACACAUCGUCACAAAAAUCUGUUGUCUCCCCAAUAUGGCCCCCUAAAGUAUGAGUACUGAGCAUGCUUGUGUAAUAGUCAAAUACAUGACUCAGUUUUCACCUUUCUUUGUUCUUUUAAAUUAGACCUAGGGCAGGAGUCACUAAGCCCUAAAUGGUAAAUAAUAUUAUAAUGUUAGCCUAGACUAGUUCAAGGUUGGCUGACCAUACUGUAGGAACCUUGAAUUUUACUAAGGUGAAUGAAAAAUUUCAGUUUGUAUAAAUUAUAAAUGAACUUAUUAGAAAUUAGACACCGUCAAUUUUAGUUUAUGUCCUGGAAAACUAGAGGCGUAGCUAGCUAGAGUGUUUGGAGUGGGGACAAGAUUCAUUUUAAAGAGCCUCCCUUUCGUUUUCAAAUCUCGAACCCAUUAUUUUCAUGAAUAAAAUAAUUUCAAAUCACAUUUUCAAAUUUCUAAUGUUUUUCCGUGAGAUUUGAACUUAUGGUGCUAAAACAUGAGAUUGCCUUAAUUCCAUAUUUAAUCCAACUAAGCAGCUAAAAAUCUAUGUUCAAAGAUUGCAGAGCGUUUUCUUUUAAAACUUGCAUUUAAAAAUGAACUUGUCCCCAUAGCCCAUAACUUCAAGCUGGAUCAGAUGUGUCAUCCAUUUUGAAGCCUGUGUCAUAUUUACAACCAGCUGCUUAUGACAUCCAACCUGUUUCUUUGGUGUAGAUACAGAUAGGAUUUGGAAUAUGCUAGAAUUUACAUUCAGUAAUCUUCUCCUGGCUAUGAAUAUAAUAAGUCAUUAAUGUCACUAAAGGGAUUAUUGAUGGCUGAUUUUUGACGCUAGAGAAAUACUUUAGAUGUCUUGUGUUUAAAUCGUUAUAAUUGUAAAAUGUCUUGGGUUAAAUUUGUAUUUAUUUCUGUGCAUACAAUGAAUAUGUACAGUGUAAUAAAAAACAUUUCCAUUUAUUUGGAUCAAUAAAAAAAAUCUUAUCUUACCUUAUAAAGUCACCAUUACUAAGAGGUACUCGACCUCAAAGCCCACACAACAAACACAGUUUAGCUUUUCAGGUCUAGAGCGAUACCUAGAACCCAGAGUAAGACCUUAACUUAAUACUGUCUGGGGCAAAUUCACAAACUUGUGACCUCCAAACACAUCUAUUAUGUACUAAUAUAGUGUUAAUAAUAAAAAUUAACAAAAGGGCUCCAUGGGGGGUUGCCCCUUUGCUUCUCAUAGGUACGCCACUUGUUAUUUCAUACUCAUAUAGUUGUAGGUCUCUGUUUCAACCCACCCUUAAAAUUGUGGUAAGCCUAAUUCUUGACUAAAUUAGCAACUUUUUGCAUGAAAAGAUAGCCCACUGGCUACUCUAUUGGUCUUUUAAAAAUAGACUGUACAGAUUUUUUCAAUCACAAUUUUCAAAUAAAUUUUCAAGAUCUUUAUUAAUAAAUUUGUCCUCACUGCAGCAUUAAUGUUCUAUAUCAAUUUCUCAGUUUUGUUCUUUGGUUGAAUGAUGGGGAUCAAGGGAUUCAGCUUGAGUACAAGUUGAUCUGUUUACAUGCUAUAUCAAGAGAUCGUCAGAACUUCCCCCAUGAGCAUCUUUUGUGUCAUUAUGUUGGCAAGCUUCCAGGUUUGCUAAUUGAUUAUCUAUUUUAAUGAAAUCUUAUUGGCUUUCAAUGCAUCUUUAAUUAUCACAGCAUUUUUUUGCCACAAUCUGCUUACCACUAUUGAGACUUUAAUUGAUCUAAACUUCAUUGAAAGCAGUGCCAUAUUUAAAAUGGGGCCCUAAUUAUGAAAAACUUAGAUGUUUUUGGCUUAGGUAAAAAAAAACACCACCAUGAGAAGGGUUCCAUAGUAGUUAUUUUUCCGUAUACCAGUUCUCAGUUUAAGGAAUCUGAUUUAAAACCUGUUAUUAAAUUAAAUUUACAAUGCAGUCCCAACUUUCGCAAUCAUCAAUGUUGUUAUAUAGACAUUAUAUUUUAUACAUUCAAAGAUGUUGAAAUCUAUUUUUAGAACUGUCGAAAGCAAUUAUUUCCUGUGAAAUGUUGAAACCAAAGUUUUGUAAUAGGAAUAGUGAAGUGCUUCGCAAUGACUGAAUGCCCACAAUGGCUAAUUAAUGACUCAAAGCAUGCACUGAAGAAGCUAAAUUUAUUAAAAGUAACCAGACAUUGUGAUUUGCAAAAUGUUAAUUAAAAUCGAUCAAAGAAAAGUCUUUUAUUUAUUAAAGAGUUCUUGAUUUUAAAAUAUAUUUCCUCUUUCUAAAAUGAUAUACAUUUAUUUGAUUAUUGUUUUUAAAAAAUGAACAAGAGUUUAUCAUUUUCGAUUCACCCUAAACCAGAAUUUAUCAUGAAACUUAAAAUACAUACUGGAAUGCUUCUUAAUAACAAAUUAUAGAAAGGGGGAAAAUAAAAUUUAUCUUCAGUGAAUGUACUUUUAAAUUAUAUUUUACAAGGCUUGAAUGAAGACAAUGAAUCUGAUGAAGAAAAUGAAGAUGAUAAAGAAUCAGAGAGCGAGUUGUUGGAAAUCAGAUUUGUACCACAGAACAAAGAAUCAUGUAAGUUUAUAGUUAAAGUCUUCAUGAACAAUUUUGUAAAAUCCAUUAUGCAACUGUUAAAAAAGGUACAAUGUACACUUUAGAGUUUAAUAAUUUAUAACAUGCGCCAAAAUAAACAGUACUGAAACUCAUGCAUUUUGAAUUCUGCAUGUGUUAGUCAAUAGUGCAUAGCUCCAACUGCCAUAUGUUCUUGAGUAAAACAAAGUAAAGUUAAACCUGAAGAAAGGAAUGCAACAAGACAACGAAUGUGUUGGCAGGAAGCCUUCAUCAGCGAACAAACAGAAAAAACAUAAUAUAAUUUUAAAAUAGCACUUAGCUGAGAAGUAGUAUCUGAGAGGGCAGCAAAUUAAAUUACUGAAGGAGUUUGAAGAUGGCAGAACAAUUUUGCAAGAGUUUUAAAAGAAGGCACCAGUAACACUGUUAUGCUGUCAGUUGAUACAAAAGUUUGCCGAAAGGUACUCUGUCAAAGGAUGGGUAAGUCUGAUCGUCCAGUAAAUUACUGUGCCUUACUUCGGACAACCACCCAUUCCUAUAUAAUUGAUCUGGAUUCCUACACACCAUGGCCAAAAAACUGUAGCACAAUACAUCAUUCUAGCUCACAUUUCUGACUCCGGCAAAUGUGGCCCAACCUGUAUAGGUACUAAAAUAAGACUACGUUUUAUAUGGAAGUUGAUCUGCCAUCUUUUUUCUAAAACAGUCAUUUAAAAAAAUAUCUUCUCCUCUUUCGAGAAACAUAUGUCCAACAACUGCCUGACACAUCUUCCUUUUGACUUUUGGGAUCUCAUGGCUGGAGCUAUGCACCAUUACCAAAAACAUGAUUAGUUCAAGAUGCAGGAAAUUCAGUACUGUUAGUUUUUUUACGCAUACUGUAUUAUUUAUGAAAACUGCACAAUUUAACUACUUUCUAUACAUUUUAAGAACGUUCUUAACAUUUAAUUUAAGAGGAGCAGCACCUUUAAAGGUAUAUACUUUACUGCUAGAGUAAUACACAUCUUUAUAUUACAUGCUCUGGGAAAUUAGAAAGAAAACUAAAAUUUGAGUCCCAUUAAUUUGCAUGCAGUGGAUCUUAUACUUGUUGAAUAAUUCUAUCACUAAUUAUAAAACCAGGGGUGUCUAACAAUAACACAUUAUGGCGGGCAUUAUGAUUUUAAAUGGCCUACUAAGAUGGAGACAUGUAUUGAUUUGAGGGGUGGGGGGGCGCUAUUCUGGAAAAUAAAAAAAAAUUAAUAGCUUAAAAUCUAAGUUAAAUACAUUAUUGGUAAGAAAUCACAAAAGAGAGCAAGAGAAGUUAUAGCAUAGGGGGUGGGAUAUCAAAAGCUUAAGGAGUAAGAUGACUUGACAGGUAGAAGAAUUAACUUUAGGUAUGGUACAUGAAAUCUGAUCAAAUGUAGAACUAUGAAAAGAAAAAACAAUGUUAUUGCUGCAUUUGAGUUUUCUCGGGCUGCCUGCAACUUUAUAAAAAUAAAUUGGUGGCCCACAUGUCAGCACUGAACUCACUUAGAGAAUCACCGCUAUAACAUAUAUUUUUGAACACUUAUAGAACCAUUGCUGAAACGGAUAUUUUUGAAAGAAAGUUUGAAGUAUUGUAAAAUAGCAUAUUAUUGCCAUUAGUUCAUUAAUACAUUUCUAAGUUUAAUCAUAUGAUUGAUGAGCUUUAAUGGCAAUAUUCCAUGUAAGUGUUGCUUUUUUAUGACAUUUUAAACAAAAAUAAUUUCGUUUGUUCAGUACAGCCUAUGUUUGAAGCACUAGCAAAUUGUCAGACCUUACACCCAGACAGUGACUGUCAGCUUUCUGGUGAUGACUUUGAGGAUGCUGAUGAUGAUGGUAGUGGGGAUGGUAAGUGUUAUUGGUGGGACAAAACGUUCACUCAGUUCUUGAACACUGACUGAUAUUUGACUGAUUUGCCUUACACUUGUCUAUUUUGCUUUUUCUGUGAGAACCGUCAUCAUCAAUAGCAAUAAAAAAAUCUAUCAAUACCCUAUUUUCUCUUCAUACAGAAGAAUGAAUGCUAAAUACAUUAUAUUAGUGCAGAAUAAUUUUUGUUAUACAAUUAGACUCAUAAUAUUUUAAUAGUUUUUUUUUAUUUGCUUGUUAUCAUGUUCUUUAACUUUAAUUGCGGGUUUAAACAAACAAAAUCGUAUCUUCAGAUGUAUUGCAAAAGAAAAAUUAUCUUGAGGCUAAUGUUGUUCUUGAAGGUCAUUGUAAAAUCAUAACCCUGUGUUCUUUUUAAAAAAAAUAUUAUAAUUUAUCUUAACAUCUGAGAUGCCUAACACAUGCUCAAGCUACAGAAAAUAUGUGAUAUCACAAGCUAUGAAUCAUUGUUUCCCAUGUUCAGUUAUCAAAAUCAUAUUACCAACAUUGUAUAAAUGCAUGCUAGUCAAUGCUAUACAUACUUUUCUCAAAUAUUUUUUUACCCUACUUUAGGAAUUUAUGGCAGUGAAGAUGGGGUAGCACAUCUGACAGAACAAGGCAGAAAUAACCUAGAAAGGCUAAACCAACUUUUGGAUGCAGGCCAGGGGGAUGCUGAUAUUACCACACGCACAAAUCUCAUACGAAUUGCAAAUGGUAACUUCACAAUCCUUGAAAAUAUUUGUUCAAAUUCUAAAUUUAUAUUAAGAAACCUAGUUAUUUUUUAGAGUUAAGUUUUUUUUAAUCGAAAAAAAAAAUAUAUAUGUAUACUUUAAAAAAGGUAAUACUAUGUUUCGCAACUAAACAUUGAUUUAAUUUUCUUUGCUAUUGUAAGAGAAGUAUCUUUUCUAGACUUGGAGUUUUCCAAGAUAUUUAUUUAUUUAUUUAUUUAGGCAUUUUUAUAUAGCGCUUAUCAUAAAGCUCUAAGCGCUUUACAGUUAUUAAAACAUGUAAAUUAAGUAAAUACAAAUGAGACACUAGGAUAGUAACCACUAUUCUAUAGAAACAAUGAAAAUGGCUAUAAAAAGAGGACACUUUGAAACAGAAAAUUAGGUAGGGCAAGGAGGGUGCAUCACAGGUCAUAGGCGGACGUAAACAGAUGAGUUUUAAGGGACUUUUUGAAAAGGGACGAGGUUUCACUAUGACGUAUAUGGAAGGGGAGCUGGUUCCAGAACGUGGGCCCAUGGAAGCAGAAGGAGCGUUCACCGAUGAUCUUAGUUUUAGUUCUUGGGAUUGAGAGGGUUCUACUGUCAAUGGAAGAACGUAGUUGUCUUGUGGGGAUGUAAGGAAGCAACAGUUCAGAGAGAUAGACAGGAAAGUGAGGGUCAGUGAACGAGUUGAAGCAAAGAUUGGAAGACUUGUAUUUGAUGCGAGAGGAUAUUGGAAGCCAGUGGAGUUGCCGCAUGUAUGGUUGAAUGUGGUCAUGUUUCUUUAAUUUAAAAAUGAGUCUGCAUGCUGAGUUCUGUGCCUUCUGAAGUUUUUCUAUGUGGUGUUGAGGAAUGCUUGAGAGAAGAAUGUUACAGUAGUCAAAUUUUGAAAGAAUGAGUGAAGAGACGAGAGUUUUUGUGGCAUCAAAGGAGAGGAGGUGUCUAAUGGUGCUGAUUUUUCUAAUUUCGUUAUAUGCUGAUCUGCAUAUAUUCGUGACAUGUUUGUCCAUGGAGAGGGUGUCCGUAAGAGUGACUCCAAGGUUUCUGGCAGAGGGAGAGAGUGUGAUGUCAGAGUUGCCAAUAGAUAUAGAAGAAGGAGCGAAUGGAGGGAGAGGUUUGUUUUGAGAGUGGAUGAGAAGGAUUUCCGUUUUAUCAUCAUUUAGCUUCAGUUUGUUGCAAGUCAUCCAACGCUUUACAUCGUCCACGCACUCCUGUAUGCGAAGGAUUGUGGCAUCAAGUUGAUCAGGAAAGCAAGAGUCACUGAUUUGAGUGUCAUCAGCAAAGGAUUGACUGGAAACUGAGUGGUGGCUAAUGAGAGAUGAUAGAGGUUUAGUGUAGAGGAUGAAAAGGACCGGCCCAAGGACCGAUCCUUGAGGAACUCCAAUAGACAGGGCUGAAGGUUUGGAAGAGCGGUUGGAAAUAGAGACUUUUUGAGUUCUGUCAGAAAGAUAUGAUUGAAACCAGUUUAAAGCUGAGCCAGUAAGUCCGAAAGAAAGAUGAAGGCGGUCAAGAAGAAUCUGGUGGUCAAUGGUAUCAAAUGCAGCAGAGAGAUCUAACAGAGUGAGAAUAGAGAGUUUGCCAUCGUCCAUCGCGCGCAGGAGGUCACUCAUGACUCGGACCAGUGCUGUUUCUGUGCUAUGACCAAGUCGGUAGGCAGACUGAGAGGAAGGAUAGAGAUUGCGAGAAUAAAGAUAGCCAGAGAGCUGAGAGAGUAUGAGUUUUUCUAUGAUUUUUGAGAGAAAGGAGAGGUUGCUGACGGGGCGGUAAUUCUUGAGUGUGUUUGGAUCAAGUGAGGGUUUCAAGUGAGAUAUAAGUUCCAUGUCUUGUCCGGACCAGAGAGCUCAAUUUUGCUGUAACCCACAGGUCAUUUUUAAAUCCACUGCUGGUGUGUAUGGUCAUCCAACAGCAUCUCAAAGUUCACAGUCUCAAACCAGUUGCCUGUUUCUACAACUAAUGCAGCUAUACUCUUAUAAUGAACCAGAAUCAGAACAUAUUGAGCUAUCAGACUUGAUAUUUAACAAACAUUCAUGAAUUUUACUUGUCAGUAACCUCAUAUAUUACUUUAAAAUAAAUAAUUGUACAGUAAGUAGGAAGUUUGGGUAGAUAAACAGUUUACAAAAUUUAGUCAUUUGGUUUCAGCCCAGUAUUUACUUAUCAAUGCAAAUUUUGAAAUCUAAAAGUUGUUUUUUUGUUGCUUUUUUUACAGGACAUGAUGAAGAACCACCAGUGGAUUCAGAACAGUUUGAAGAUGCUGACAACAUGGAAGAGUAAUUACUAAGAAAUAUGUGUGUGUUUGUGAGUGUGUGAGUAUGAGUUUUCUUUUGCAAUAUAUUGUUGAUAAUUUGUUGAAAAUCAUUUUAUGUUGUUUUUUUUCUUUCUAUUGUUAAAAAAACAAUAACUUUGUUAUAAUUGUUAAUUUGGUUUUUUAAAUGUAAAAAUAAACAAUUUUAUUUUUGUGGACAUGCUCUUUUAAAUAAGAAAAAUGUUACAUUGAUAUGUUGCUGCAUGCAUAAGUACUAGGACAAAUGUAUUGUUUACUUGAGCCUGUACAGAUUAAAAUGUUUACCUAUUAAAUUGCAUUCAUUUCUAUUUUACUUAUGUUUUUGUUGUAGUCUCCAUCUUAUGUGUGUACCACUACAGAAUUUUGUGACAAAUUUAUUGUUUUUUUUCUGUUUAUCAUAAAUGGGACCUUUAUAAUUUUAUUUUACUAAAGAAACA